UUUCUUUCUUUGCAGCACAAUGUUGCUCCGGCACCUUUUACUUCUGAGCCUCGUUGCAAUGGCCUGCUCAGCAGCGACGCCGCUCACGUUGGUCGAGCUCACUGUUGACGCCGUGCAUGGCUCUGACACGGAAGGCACCGGCCAACCCGACGCCCCGUUCCAGACCAUCCAGCACGCCGUGUCUGUUGCCAUCAGCACCACUAGUUUGGCCGAUGCUGUCUCUUCUGGCGCAGGGACUGGCGCUGGCGGUGUCAGCGUCGGCGUCGUGGUCACUGUAAAUCCGGGCAGCUACUCGGGAUUGCCCGUCGCGCUCGCGUGUCAGGCACCGUCCGCCAUCGGAUCGCUGGAAAUCGCUGGCAGUGGAGACGCCACCGUGCUCAAUCUCGCGUUUGCCGUGACAAGCUGCAAUCUGACCAUUCGCAACACCCUGGUGACCCUGCCGAGCGUGUGGAAUGUCGUGUACGGUAGUGCGACAAUUCAGAACGUCAGAGUCGAGUCCACGGCGUUCGCUUGUGCUGUUCGCGAGGCCUCGUUGCAAGUCGACUCGUGCUUCUUCCACAACGUUUCAGGCAUCUCGCUGCCCAAUGCACCAGCUGUUGCUCCAGUCGUCUCUGCCAUUGCGUCAGAGAACACGGCUGCUGUGCUUCAAUUUUCCAACGUGACAUUCUCUGAUUCGUCGUCUGCAAUUCCGUCGGCCAGCUUGCCUCGGCUGGUUUGGUCGUCGGGCAUGCAGGAUGUGCUUGUUAAUGCGAGCACAUUCCGGCGCCUCGAGGCAUCUGCUUCUGCCCUGCUGCACUUUGACUCCAUUUCCGGCAGUCUUUCCGUGACAAACUGUGUCUUUUCCGACGUCCAGGCCUCGCCGUCACCUGCUGUGCCAGAUACCUCCAUUGUUCGCAUUUCUUCCAGCAACCAAGUUGCAUUCAGCACCACGCAGUUCACACGGUGCUCGACCACAAACUUGGCCGCUAUUGAACUUUCAAAUCAGUUCAACGCGACAAUCACGUCCUGUCAGUUUGCUGACAACCUGGUCGCAACCUCGAAUCUGAACUCUGGCACCAUCAUCUCGGCUGUUGACGCUGCCAGCUCUGCCAGCCUGACUGUCAGAAGCUCGACCGUCACGUGCAACGCCCUUCUUCAGCCCGACACCUCGCGGCGCUUUUACGCGCCCGUCGGCGGUCUGUCAAACGGGCAACUCCACUCUGCAAACGUGAUUAUCGAUCGAUCGUGCCCUUCCUCCUCGGCAAACUCGGCACCCUGCCCAGCCGGGUUUUCCGUGACCCACUCCCUGCAGUGCAUGCCGUGCGCGGCUGGGUCCAUUCCUAGCGCCGAUCAGCUGUCAUGCACGUCCUGUCCAGCCGGCACUUUUGCUGGAUCGGAUGGCAGCACCGUUUGCGAGCCCUGCCCUGUUGACACGUAUGCCGGAGGCCCAGGACAAUCCAUGUGCUAUACGUGCAGCAACACACUUUUGACAUCGUCGGAAGGUGCUUCGUUAUGCACGACUCCUACGACACUCUGCAUUGCUUUGAUUUCAAUUGCAUCCGUGCUGAUUGCAACCUCUGCCGUGGGUCUGACCCAUGCACGGCUGACUGCCAACCGAACGGCGCUGCAAUCUCGCAUUCAACGCGCCAAGUUGUCCCCGGCCCAGCGUCGAAAGCAAGGGCGUCCGAAUUAUGGAGCGAUGAGCAUCGACGAGUGGCAGCGUCAAUGAUGCUAGACCGUGGUCGUAGCAUUCAAUUGUUUGAAAUACAUGUAUCAACAAGAAUUUUCUGACUGUCUUGGUGCGAUCAAUUCACAAAUGCAUAACAACAAUCGAC